AUGGUAAAAGAGGGGAUAGUGCUGGGCCACGGGAUAUCCUCAAAGGACAUUGAAGUUGACAAAGUCAAGAUACAAGUGAUUGAAAAAUUGCAGCCUCCUAAUUCAGUUAAGGGGAUCAGAAGUUUCUUAGGACAUGCAGGGUUUUAUAGAAGUAAAACCUUGAUAAAUGCUCAAAUCAACUAUGCCAUAACAGAAAAAGAGAUGCUAGCAGUGGUCUUUGCCUUCGACAAAUUUCGUUCCUAUCUGAUUGGUUCAAAGGUGAUAGUCUACACUGACCAUGCAGCAUUGAAAUAUCUGUUUGAGAAGAAGGAUGCUAAACCUAGGCUGAUUCGAUGGGUAGCGGAUCAUUUAUCAAGGCUGGAGCAACUGCGUGAUUCAGAUGAUAUAGAUAUUAAUAAGGUCUUCACAGAUGAGCGGUUAUUGCAGAUAGAAAAGGCUCUGUGGUAUGCAGACAUUGUUAAUUACAUAGCUAGUGACUGUAUGGAUCUUGAUCUCACCUAUCAACAGAAGAAGAAGCUGCUCCAUGAAGCGAAAUUCUAUUAUUGGGAUGAUCCAAAUUUAUACAGGAGAGAUGCAUACCAAAUCAUUAGGAGAUGUGUGCCAGAGGAUGAGAUGAAACCUAUCUUUUCACAGGACUGCCACAAUUUUUGCAGGUCACGUGAUAAAUGUCAGAUAACAGGUUACAUAUCAGCGCGUCACGGGAUGCCACUUAACAACAUUUUGGAGGUGAAAAUAUUUGAUGUCUGGGGGGUUGAUUUUAUGGGUCCUUUUCCAUCAUCUUAUAACAAUCGAUACAUCCUAGUGGCAACGGACUAUGUCUCUAAAUGGGUAGAAGCUAAAGCAUUGCUUACAAAUGACGCAAAAGUGGUGGUGGACUUCAUAAAGAAACACAUCUUUAAUCGCUAUGGAUCACCUAGGGCCAUAAUAAGUGAUGGUGGAACUCACUUCCGCAAUCGAUUAUUCUAG